AUGCGCUCCACUGCUACUACUUUCUCCCUUCUCUCUUUGGCUCCUGCCCUGUUUGCAUCCCCAGUUGAGCGUUGUACAGGUACCAUAUCAUCUUUAGAUGAUGUUGCCAAUGCAAUCAAAUGUACUACUAUCAAUAUCAACUCGUUCACAGUACCCGCUGGAAAGACUUUCCAACUGGAUGCCCCCAGUGGCGCUACAGUCAACCUAUUGGGAGACGUUACGUUUGGCGUCUCUGCAUGGGCGGGACCACUAUUCCAAUUGACCGGAACAAGCAUCACUUUCAACGGCAAUGGACAUACCUUCAACGGCCAAGGCGAACAAUACUGGGACGGUCUUGGAAGCAGUGGAACGACUAAGCCUCACCCCAUGAUGAAAAUCAAAUCGUCCGGAACGUUCUCGAACGUUGUAGUUAAAAACUCCCCACAGCAAUGCUUUAGCUUCGGCAACAGCGCAGCUCUGACUGUUUCCAAGGUCACAGUCGACAAUUCUGCAGGAGAUGCUGCGAACAGCAAGAGUGGUGGUAAAGCUGCUGGUCAUAACACGGACGGGUUUGAUGUCUCGGUUUCCAAUCUCACUAUCGAAGACUCCACCGUGCACAAUCAAGAUGAUUGUCUCGCAAUUAAUAAAGGCUCCAACAUUAUUUUCCAGCGUAACACAUGCACCGGUGGACAUGGGAUCUCGGUGGGCUCUAUCGACUCGGAUGUCACAGUCAGUGGCGUACAGAUCCUUAAUAAUGUGGUCACGAACAACGACAAUGGUCUUCGCAUCAAGACCAAGGCUGCUGCCACUGGCUCCACUGUAUCUGGCAUUACCUACACCGGCAACACCGUCACUGGUUGCAAAAAGUACGGUGUCAUCAUUGACCAGAGUUACCCAGAUACCCUUGGUACUCCUGGGACUGGCGUCAAAAUUUCUGGCGUGACCUUCAGUGGUACCAACACCGUUUCCGUCGUUAGUGGAGCCAAGGAGGUCGAAGUCAACUGCGGCUCAGGUUCUUGCACAGGAACUUGGAAUUGGUCGGGUCUCAAGGUUUCUGGUGGAUCCGCGGGGGCCAUCAAUUACUCUGGUAUCACCGGUUUCUCGCUUUAA